AUGGAGCGGUUCGAGGCGUGCACAGCUCACGCCAAUGCCGCGGGGUGGGAGGGUCGAAGAUGGGGAAGGGGAAGGGGAGCCAUCGCAGCUACUUCGGCGGCACUGCUUCUAUGCCUCGUUGUCCUCGUCUCGAUCGGAGGGAGAAAGACUUCUGUCUUGCAGGAAGAGGGAACAGACUCGAAGAUGGAGGCUGCAGAGAAGCUGGCGAAGUGGUCAAAGGAAGUGAACGAUUUGGAGGCUGAAGUCAAGAAGUUCGAGGUCGAGGCCAACGAGAAGGCCGUGGACGAGCUUGUGCACCUAGCUAAGGUCAAGGAUCUGCUAAAUCAGCUCAAGGAUCAGGUCCCUCUUGAGGCUCCUCCGAAGCCCUGGAGCUACGAGGGAGCGACUGGGCCUGACCAUUGGGCUGAACUCUCCUCUGACUAUCAGCUUUGUGGUACCGGGCAGCAGCAAUCUCCCAUCAACAUCGAGCUUGACCUGCAGCAAGCGUCUCUCCCAUCUCUUGGAUGGGUUUUGCCCAAGGACAAUGCUGCGGUGACGACCAAGACCGGAGACAGUGCGCUAGCUGGACGGGAGUUUUACAACGGCCACACGUUUGAAGUUGAAAGCCUUGGGUCACCUACUCUCCUUCUGGGUGGUGUUACAUACACCCUGGAGCAGUUCCACUUCCACACCCCUUCCGAGCACAAGGUUGCGGGCAGGCACUAUGAUAUGGAGAUGCAUUUCGUGCACUCGGCCAUGGUGGACGGCCAGAAGAAGCUUGCUGUGAUUGCAGCAUUCUUCGAAGUGGGCGAUAACUCUCCCGCGUUCGUCAAGCAGUUGUUCGAAACUGCCCUACCGAGCGUCAGCAGUAAUCCGACGGCUUUGGCUCCAAACUUGGACUUCAGGGGGAUCGCCCAGGAAGUUCUCGUCGGGACUGUCCCUACCAAGCUCGAGUCCGCCAACGAGUUCGUUCCCAACUUCAAGAACUACUUCCAGUACACGGGAUCCCUCACAACCCCCCCUUGCACUGAGGGUGUGACGUGGGUCGUGUUGAAGAAUCCAGUUGACAUCACGGCGGCCGAUCUCAGCGCCAUUCAGAAUCUGGAGGGAAAGAACAGUCGGCCGACACAGCCGUUGAACGGACGUGUCGUCCUUGACGUGGGCGGCUCAACCCCAUGA